CCGCCUGUCGUCGGCGCUGCCCGCACCGCACCAGGAAGGGGAGACGGCAGGAGCACCUGUUUCUUGGCAGGCAGCUCCCGGAGGAAGGGAAGAGAUUUUCCCCCGUGAACUCCCUCCUUAGCUCGAUCCAGUGGCAGGAAAGCCAGGAAGAGCCGCUGCUGCCAGCCAGGAGCAGGGAGCAGCGCUGUGCUGUGGCGUGCGGGCAGCAUCUCUGCAGAUGAAAGACACGGGAAAGGAAGGACACAGCCUUAGUCGUUCGCUUGUGGUACUGCUCUGGGAGUGUUCCACCAUGUCCUACAGCUCUGCCUGGGGCGUGGGCUCAGCCCCAGUGCAUGGACCAUAACUUUCCAGGCGGUGCUACUGCAGAAAGGAGCUCCAUCAGACUCCAGAGAAUGAGUGGGCAGCAUCACCACUUGAGAAAUGCAGCUGGCUCCAUAACUGCUGUCGUCUUGGUGCUCCAGCCAGCUGUAACGGUGUAGAUUCAUCUGCGCAAGCACCAUACUGUGCCUUCCACAACCAGCUGCCCACCAUGCCAGAGCUAGCUGAGCUGAGCAGCCCCCGCACCCCGGCAGAUGCAAACCAUAUCCAGAGGAACAUCUUGGAGGAGCAUGUGGAGCUCUGGUGGUUCCAGGACCCCAAGAAGUCCAUCCUGUGCUAUGGGGUGGCUGUGGUGCUGAUCUUGGCCUGUGGGAUUGGGGGCAUCAUCUUGCUGUAUAGCACUAGCAGCCGGUCUGGGGAAUGGCGGCUGGCAGUAGGCACCACACUCUGCCUUCUGGCCCUGCUUGUGCUACUGAAGCAGCUGCUGAGUUCUGCCAUCCAGGACAUGAACUGCAUCCGCAGCCGGGAUCAGAUUGAGCUCCUGAAGAGUGGGGGCUUCUCAGACUGCCUGGUGCUGCUGCUCAGUGCCCUGGUGCUGGUGGUCUGUGGGAUUGUGCUCACCAUCCUCUCCACCACAACUAUGCAGCUCAGUCCCUCACGGCCACUGGCUAGCAUGUUCACCAGCGGGGUUGUCCUCCUGACUGCUGGCAGUGCCAUCCUCCUCUGCUUGCUGCUCUACCUUCUCUGCACCUCCUGCCGCCCGGCUGCUCCUCGGAGCCUGGAAACCGGUGAGAUCCGUGUCUUCACCAUCUCCGGCCGCCUCGCAACCAGGCGGCUUCCUGCCACCUCCAGCAUGGCCAACCUGAUCUGACCUAGGAUGCUCCUGUGUGAGCCUCACUGGAUACAACCAACCAGCAGGGCUUGUGCUGGCCUUCCCUGAAGGAAGGUUGAGCGUUGCCUUGUGCCUUGUGCUUCUUUUGGAGACGACUGGCAUUUGCUUUGCCUCAGGUGGAUGGCACAGCAAGGACUUUUGGUGCCUGGAUGGGCUUUGUGACCUGGUUUGUUAGGUGCUGGCCUGGUUGGUGGUUUAUCUCUACAAAGCCUCCUGUGACUGCUACCUGUCUGGCUCUGACCCCUGUCACAGUGUUAAGGUGAGCUUGUCCCAUAUCCCCAAGGGCCCCAGUACUUGCUUGUUUUUUGCAGUUCCUAGAGCUGUGUCAUGCACUCUGGCAGAUAAAGCUGUAAUUGUGGGUGGUAUAAAACCAGCCUGUGCUCUGCCCAGAGCUCCUGUGCAAAGUAAAGCCUCUAGCAGCUGAAAAAUGGCAGGCAACAUUCUGUGUGUCAGCAGGCAUGCAGCCUAAGUGAAGCAAGCUUGGCAGGAUGUCCAGCAUCAGAGCCUACUCCUGAGAAAGCACCUGUGUGUCUGCAGGAGUGAGCAUGGGAUUUGCACAAGAUUCUGUGAGCCUCAGCAUGGCUGGACCACACAUGACAUGCUGUUUGUGUUUGCAGUGCCAGUAUCUGUUCCACUAUCACAUUUUUGCAGCCCACCAUCUUCUGUGUUUAUCAAAGGAGUGAUCAAAGGGUGUUGGUGUCAGGGCGCUGAUAGGUUAUCAGCGCUGGACUGUGUUGGGGCUCUCUUACCACACUAACAUGCUCCAGUCACACAAGCCACAGACAGCAAGGUACAGUCAUUGGGAGAUAACGAUGGGAUGCCUGAAUCCCAGGACUAGGGCUGCUGCUCUGCAAGGACUGUGCAAGAGAGUAAAGCUUCCCAUACUGAGGCACCUCUGUGCUGCAGGAGCACCGCAUUUUGUCCUGUCCUUGCUUAUCCCCAAGUUGUUUCUAUCUCCCAAGUGCUGCAGCUGCUGUGGGUCAGAAAAGUUGGGCCUUACCUGGAGGUUUUUUGGUGUUCUAGCUUUAGAAGGUGUCUAUCACCAAGGUGUCUUUCCCAAAGGCAGACUAACAACUCAGCCUUGGGAGCUUUUCCUGUGAACUGAGGUUAAUUUAACUGUAAAAAAAAUAAUUUCUUUCAUACAGCCACAAACCAUUUCACUGCCCCUUCCACAGAUACAGAUCCUAACCCCCUAGUGAAGCUGCUGCUGUGCAACCUCUUCAUCUUCCUGUCUGCUCCCAUCUCCCCCUCAUCUGAACUGUUCUGCCUCAGUUAUUAUUUUUGGUCAUUAUUUGCUAAGUUCCUUCUGUAUUGAAAAAUGACUCAGCAAUUAUUUUUUGGUGCCUAGCAGCAAAUGUAUUUGGAAGAUGACUGUAGCUCAUUCCCUUAGUAACAACAUGGAUCAUUGUCUGUGUUACACAUGGAGGCAAUGUCGGAGCUCAGCACCAGUGAACACCACCAGAUAUACACUGGGCAAUGAGGACUUCAUCUCUUUACAUCUCCAGACCAUGCUACCCUUGAUGCACCCAGACCUCGAGAGCAUUUCUGUAUUAUCUGCUCUUGUCCUGCUGCUGCUGACAUUCUUUUCCCUGAAGUCUUGGAUUGUUCUCCUCAAAGUACUGGAAUGUCAUUUUGUCUUCUCUUUCUAGGUCUCUGUUACUUCCACAUUUUCCUCUCCCACUUUUCCCAUCAUCAGUAGAUUUUAUUAAACUGCUGUUUCACUUCCAUUAUUCUGCCCAAGAGUUUGGAGUGUGUUACUGCACUCAGGUCCUUCUGCUCUAAAUCCUCUGCAAAAAAUAAAGAGCCAUCCUUCCCUCUAAGCUGUUUGACACCAGGUCCAGCAGGACAACUGUGCCUACACAGUGAGGGUCAGGGCAGUGUUUGGACAGUUUUGCACCAUCAGCAGUGCUGAUGCUCUGUACAUCUGUGUCAGUGCAUGUGCAGUAACACCAAUCUGCACCGCCUCUGCCUGCAUCAGAGCUUUCGCAGUUACUCCCAGCUCCCCCACCCUGCAGGAGUGGACAGGGUGCAGCUGUCUGCACACCAGCUGUUUUGCACAUCUGGUUAUUUCUGUGAAGAAGGGUGACUGUGCCCAGCUGGCAGCUCUGUGCUGCCUGCAUGCCAAUGUGAAUCCUCCCCUCCAUAGCCCAUUCAAAAUACACGUCCGUGAGUUGUGCCAGAAAAGGAUGCCUGUGAACCAUACCAGCAACCUGAAAAAAUGUUGGCUGGGAACAAGCUGUCCCCAAAGAUGGUGGUUUGGGGGUCUGCCUGCCCAGGUGGACAGGCUGCAUUCCUGCAGUCACUAGCUCACCUCUGCAGCAGCAGUACUGGCUUAUUCCUUUCUUGGUUUCUGUGUUGCGUGUGGAAAUACAUAAUAAAGUGUUACAGAAGUUGA